UGAGAGCUAUCAAAUACAAACUAACCAAAUCAAGAGAAUUUAGUUUGUUACCUCCAAAUUGUGCUUCCUCCCCAAUGGCCCCUGUACCCAUUUAUCCCAUCAAGGUUGGUCACAUUGACGAUGUCCAAGAACUCAGAAAAUCCAAGCCUUCUAUUAUUCCUGAGAGAUUUGUGAGGGACAUGACUGAGAGGCCAGCACUUGCCACUCCCAUGCCAUUCUCCACUGACAUUCCCACCAUCAAUUUCUCAAAGCUUGCAAAAGGGACCAAAGAUGAAAUCAAAAGUGAGAUUUCCCAGCUUGUAAAUGCCUGUGAGAACUGGGGAUUUUUCCAGGUGGUUAAUCAUGGGAUUGAUCUGAGUAUACUCGAGAGCAUAGAGAAGGUGGCCAAGGAAUUUUUCAUGCUGCCUUUGGAGGAGAAGAAGAAGUAUGCGAUGGCUCCUGGGACAGUUCAGGGAUAUGGCCAGGCUUUUGUUUUAUCAGAAGACCAGAAAUUGGACUGGUGCAACAUGUUUGCUCUUGGGGUUGUACCAAACUUUAUAAGAAACCCCAUGUUAUGGCCAACAAACCCAGAAAAUUUCAGUGAAAGUGUAGAGGUCUAUUCAAAGGAAGUGAGGAAGCUGUGCCAGAAUCUGCUGAAAUACAUAGCCAUGAGCCUUGGAUUGAAAGGUGAUGUGUUUGAGAAGAUGUUUGGGGAGGCUGUGCAAGCCCUAAGGAUGAACUACUACCCUCCAUGUUCAAGACCUGACCUAGUUUUGGGACUAAGUCCACACUCAGAUGGGAGUGCCCUCACAGUUUUGCAGCAAGGGAAGGGCAACUCAGUGGGGCUUCAAAUCCUCAAAGAUGACAGAUGGGUCCCUGUUAAGCCCAUUCCCAAUGCACUUGUGAUCAACAUUGGAGACACCAUAGAAGUUCUUACAAAUGGGAAAUACAAGAGUGUGGAGCAUAGAGCAGUGACACACAAGGAGGAAGACAGGCUUUCAAUUGUGACAUUUUAUGCUCCUAGCUAUGAGAUAGAGGUUGGACCAAUGGCAGAAUUGGUGGAUAAAAACAACCCAUGCAAGUAUAGAAGAUACAAUCAUGGAGAAUACAGUAAACACUAUGUAACAAACAAGUUGCAAGGCAAGAAAACCUUGGAGUUUGCUAAGAUUCAAACCUAAAUCUCAAAUUAAUUGACAAGACCCCAUUUAGUCCCCAACCCUUCAUUACUGUCAAAAUACGAAAAUAGUUGUGAAAUGUUAUUGGUAACAUGUUGGAACUUAAUGUACCACCAUGUUACUAACAUAAAAUUCAACAGAUGUCUUGUACAAAGAACUUCUGUACUGUGAUGUCAAGUAAGUGUAAAUUAUUGGGAUGCACUGUUCAUAUGUAACUCAUUUUGUACGAUCUCCACCAAUCAAUCCCGUGGGGUCUUUGUGCUCACAAGCUUUUCUUGUCAAA